UAGAAUCAGUACUAAGUAUUGGUCCCAAGGCAGAAGAGUGGUAAGGGGUAGGCAAUGGGGGUUAAGUGACUUGCCCAGGGUCACACAGCUGGGAAGUGUCUAACUCCAGAUUUGAACCCAGGACCACUAGUCUCUCCACUGAGUCCCCUAGCUGCCCCUCUAUGAAAACUCUUUAGCUCAGUGUUGUUACCAAAUUCACAUUUCAUCAUUAUAAUCCUCUAUAGAUAAGUCAAACAUGGCCAGUCCUCCCUGGGAGAAUCAAACAGUCAUUGUGGAAUUUGUGCUCCUGGGAUUUUCAACUAUUUGGCAGCUGAAUAUUGCCCUUUUCACCACCUUUUUAGCUUCCUACAUCUUCACAGUCACUGGGAACGGCCUCAUUGUUCUACUUGUUGUGCUCGAUCACCAUCUGCACAUCCCUAUGUAUUUUUUCCUGGUAAACCUUUCCUUCCUGGAGAUUGGGUACACCUCUAACAUUAUCCCAAGGAUGCUGGCAAGUAUCUUAGCCGGGCGGAAAACCAUCUCGGUGGCCAGCUGCCUCACGCAAUUUUAUUUCUUUGGAUCCUUGGCAGCCACAGAAUGUCUUCUGUUGGCUGCCAUGUCCUAUGACCGCUACGUAGCCAUCUGCCAGCCUCUCCGCUACACGGUUCUCAUGAAUGGCCAGGUCUGCGUUGGGCUGGCCGCCAGCUCCUGGGUCUGCUGCUUCCUUCUCACGGCAUUGACCAUCAUCCUCCUGUCCAGGCUGACCUUCUGCGGACCCAAUGAAAUUGAUCAUUUCUUCUGUGACUUCACUCCCCUCGUUCAGCUCUCCUGCACAGACACCUCGCUGAUGGAGACCAUCGCCUUCGCGACCUCUUCUGCUGUGACUCUGGUCCCCUUCCUCCUGAUCACAGCUUCCUACUCCUGCAUCCUCACGACCAUCCUGAGAAUCCCCUCUGGGGCUGGCCGUCGCAAGGCCUUCUCCACCUGCUCCUCACACUUCACUGUGGUCACCAUGUUCUACGGGACACUGAUUGCCACCUACCUUGCACCCUCGGCUCAUUCAUCCCAGUUUCUACGCAAAGUGUUUUCUCUGCUCUACACCAUCCUGACCCCCAUGUUCAACCCCAUCAUCUACAGCCUGAGGAAUAGAGACAUCCAUGAGGCCCUGAAGAGAUAUCUGAGCAGAAAGAUGGUUCUUUUCCAGUGAUGCGAUGGAAAUAGAAGUACUUGUCCUGGGACUGUAUCCCAUGAAGAGCCAGGGGCUUCACACAAACAAAGCAACCACCAAGGGAGGCUAAAUAGAUAUGUGUGUGAUGGGUUCCCUAAGCCCCAGGGCAUCUAUACCUUCAGAAUUAAGCAUUGCAGAAUCUUGGAGGGGAUCAUCUUGGAUGUGAUCUCAUAUAACUUCAGUUCUCUGUGUAUGUGUGUGUGUGUGUAUUCUAAAAUAUUUGUAACAGUGAAAGUCAUCCAAACUUUGUUUAAAGACUUCUGAUUCUAGGAAACUCCCCACCUCCCAAGGCAGUCUAUUCUCUAUUUGGAUAUCUAUAAUUGUGAAGAAGCCCUUAGGCAAUAGAUAAGUAUCAUGUCUGGAGUCAGGA